AUGAAUGACGCCAUCGACAAUAAGGGCGCAGUCUCUACGACUGCAUCUACCGACACGGUCCCUCUUCAUAACAACCAAAAGGCGUCUAAAUUGCUUCAGCUACUCAGAGAUCGUCCAUUGCUCGCAUCAGGCUCGGCUGCUUUUGAUCGCUUGUUCGUUGCACCCGGUGGCCUAAGCGGCAGGCCUGUCAUCGAGCUGGUCGGUCCACCGGGAGAGGGGAAGAGCAGAAUCGCGCUCUCUAUCGCUCUGCAGCGCUGUAAAUCGGAUUGCCAGACGAACCAGGUUGUUAUCAUUGACACAGAAGGCGCACUGACUCCUUCCGUCAUCUUCUCUGCUGCACUUGCUCUUGCAAAUGGCCAUCGAGAGGAAGCCAUAAGCUGGACCAAUCGCAUCCAUCUCUUGCGCUGUUUCGAGCGAGACCAUUUCAUUGCUACACUGCUCAACUUGUCCAACUGGCUCAAGCAGAACACCCAAGUCGGACUCGUCAUCAUCGAUUCCGUCUCGGCUCCCCUGCGAUUGAACAUGUUCCCCACACUACCGGGUCUGGCCACCUCGAAACAGACCGACGAGGCUUCGCCCGCUGCUCAGCGUCAUGCUCUCAUGAGCUUGGUCUCACGUACACUAGCCCAGUUGACGACAAGUCAGGUCCAAGUCGUUGCGACGGCGCAGAUGAAGAAUCUCAUUGCAGAAUUUGACGGUAUAAGGGACAAGAUGAAAGACACAGCGACGCUCGUUCCACAGGCUGGCGAAGCCUGGCAUCCACCCCAAGGUCUGGAGAGAAUUGUCAUCUUUGGACUUCACGACGGAACGAGAUGUGCUCAGAACAUGGGUACUGGCGUUCGAGUGACAUAUGAGACUACACGUUAUGGCAUCAGGUGA